AAAAUGCAUUUUCACGGGAUAACAUAGCCACGACACAGGAUUGGUUAUGAAUAAGAUUUAUUUAGAUUGAAUCGGUUGGGGCUUUUCCUGAGCAACUGAUCAGCCUGACCGAGAACAGGCCGCGCAGCUGUGUCCGAAACAAAGAUGGCGGCCUGCGUGCUCCGACGGGGUUUGCUGUCAUCAGUGGCAAAGUACAAUAAGAAACACACAAUCAGAGUUUUAAGUUUUGAAUACAGUAGCAAACACGAAGUAAACAAAUUUCGGUUACCAUGCUCAACUUGUAGUUUGUUUAGUACGCAGCAGGCACGAUUCCUGUCGUCAAGAAACCGACCAGAGGGCAAAGUUUUAGAGACAGUGGGAGUUUUUGAGGCGCCAAAGCAGCAUGGCAAAUAUGAGACAGGCCAGUUAUUUCUACACAGUGUGUUUGGGUACAGAGGGAUAGUGCUGUUUCCCUGGCAUGCCAGGCUGUAUGAUCGGGAUGUGACUCCACCAGCCACAGAAAGCAAACCAGAAACCCCAGGCAAUCAUGGUUCAAAGGAAGUCAAAGGCAAGACGCACACCUACUACCAGGUUCUGAUCGACACCAGGGACUGUCCUCACAUAUCGCAGAGAUCUCAGACUGAAGCGGUGACGUUUCUUGCCAACCAUGAUGACAGCAGGGCUCUCUAUGCCAUUCCAGGUCUAGACUACGUGAGUCACGAGGACAUUCUGCCUUAUAGCUCUACAGACCAGAUUCCCAUUCAGCAUGAACUGUUUGAGCGCUUCCUCAUGUACAACCCAUCUAAAUCCCCACCUUUCAUCGCAAGAGACACACUGCGUGCCUGGCAGGAGAAGAAUCAUCCGUGGCUGGAGCUGUCGGACGUACAUCGAGAGACAACUGAGAACAUCCGUGUCACUGUCAUACCCUUCUACAUGGGCAUGAGGGAAGCUCAGAAUUCACAUGUUUAUUGGUGGCGAUACUGUAUCCGCUUGGAAAACCUGGGGAAUGAAGUGGUCCAGCUGAGGGAGAGACACUGGAGGAUAUUCAGCCUGUCUGGGACCCUGGAGACUGUGAGGGGUCGAGGGGUUGUAGGAAGGGAACCAGUAUUGUCCAAAGAUCAGCCAGCAUUUCAGUACAGCAGCCAUGUCUCCUUGCAGGCUCCCAGUGGCCACAUGUGGGGCACUUUUCGCAUUGAGAGGACAGAUGGCUCUAAUUUUGAUGUGCGUAUACCCCCCUUUUCCCUGGAGAGCAACAAAGACGACAAAGCGCCCCCUGCUGGGUACAGCUGGUAGAGAACCACAAGACAAGAAAGCAUAGAAUCAUAAUAGUAAUGCCAAACAAGUUUUAUUUUUUCCUAUUUUGUUUCUCAAAGUUUCAGUAUAAGUAAGUAAUUUCAUAACUUAUGCUUAAGGGUUAGUGUGGUAAUCAAAGCAUUUACAAUAGUAAUGCUAACCAACACAUUUCCUUGUUGCUGCCUUUUGUUUGGCAUGUUUUAGAUUUUGGUUUCUUGUAGAAGUGUUCAAAGGCUGUAGAGGGUGUAUUGUUGUUGUUGUUGUUCAACACAGUCUGCUGUGUUCCUGAGUGAUAUAACCCUCAGCACAGUGCAGAGUAUUCUACCCCUGUACACAAAAAAAACAAGCCUCUCUUUAAUGCAUUGUAUUUCAAACAUUGUAAUAUUGUAUUCUUAAGUGAGAAUAGUGAAAUAGAAAAGGUUGUUUCUGGAUUGGAGGGUUGAAAUGCUGUGGACAGUGUACUGGGUUACAUCAUUUGAGAAUGAGGUGAAAGCUGCCUCAUGCAAAGUGAAUGUCCUCUCUGACUCCAGAUGUUUUAAAAAUCCUUCAUCUUUGAAAAGAUGUGAACAAACGUUUUCUUAAAUAAUACUAUCAUAAGGAAUGUAGUUAGUGUUAAUAUUUGAGGUUAUAUGAUGUAUUGCUUGGUAACCUUUAAAAGAUACAUUAUUUAUUUCAUCAUGCUUUAGUUCGGGAUGGACUGGGAAAUAAAGUAGGUGAUCAUAGAUGACUAUUCUGCCAACACUGGAGUCUGAACAUCUAAGGGUAGUAGUGUAGUACAGGAGAAAGAGGUGAAUUAGUCUCAUUUGCAAUAUUCUCUUACAAAUAAAAACUUCUUUCUACAUAUUUAAAAGCUAAGGCAAUACAUUGAUCUACUGAUAAUUCCAAAUUAGUUCAAGGUUUACAUCCUGGAGAUUUAUAUUUGAGCUCUUUCACUGACCUCAUUUUGAAUCAUUAGCCAUGUGAUGGAGAACAUCUAUUUGAGCUGCUGUGUAACUAAAGUAAUUUAGUCUAAUUGUUUCAAUGUAAUCUACAGAACCAUGUGUACUGCCAUAUUGUUUUUAAUCAUUUUAUGAUUGUCAUAAUUAUUCAAUGCAUUGCCUUAGUUAUGGCCUCAGAGUUGUUACUUGGAAGUGUUCUAUUGCAGUAAAUGAAAGGGAAAAUGAGAAUGCUCAGGGUAAGAUACAAGUUCCAGUGUAUAGCCUAUGGCACUUCUCUUUAGUGUGUUUAAAAUGCUGUGCACAAUUAAGAUGAUGUGCACAUAAAAGAUGUUGGCAGUAAAAAGGACAUUUCUCCUAGAACUAUUGAGCAGGACCGUUGCUGGUUCUCUUUGUAAGAAAGUGUUGGACUUCUGAAAUACACAGGCUGUGCUGUUCUGAUUUCACAGGCUAGUAAUGUUUGUAGGGGAAAAGUAUAAGUUACAACCUUCACUGUUCAUACUUCCGGCUUCUGAAUGAGGUUACUUACGGGCCUGUGUAAAUGUGUGAUUUAGCCGAAACUGAAUGUUUACAAUGCCUAUAUUUGAAUUCAGGGUGUUAUGUACAAGUUUUUUAAGAAGGAAAGAAAAAUAAAAAGCAUGUCACAUUUGUAACAAAAUGUCCUGAAGUUGUUUUUAUUGAUAUUUUUAUAUCGAGCUAUGUCCUUCACCAGUGCAGUUUUUUAAACUAAACAGAUGUAGUUAAAAACCUGUGAUUAGAGUUUAUGGUUUAGAUACUCAGUCCCUUGAGUCAAGACUUUGUAAAAGUACCUUUUGGGCCAACUACAGCUUUGAGCUUCUUGGGUAUGUCUGUAUCAGCUUUAGUAUAGAUUUGGGGAUUUUUACUCAUUUGUCCUUGCAGAUGUGCUCAACUUCUGUCAAGCUGAAUGGAGAACAUCAGUGAACCACAAGCAUCAAGCCCUUUUACAGGUUUUUAGUGGGAUUCAGGUCUGGACUCUUGCUAGGCCACUCAUUGAAUUCUCCUUGUUUUGAAGAAUCUCCAGUGUCACUUUGUAUACUUGGGUGUUUAUUCUCCUGUUGGAACAUAAUGGGGUGAAGAUUGUACGAUCUUUUGUUGACUGAUCACAUUAAGGAAGAGGGGAGAAGAAGAAAUAAGAGAGAGGAGUCUGGAGAAAUUGGGACUUGAAGCUUGUGCCAGGCGAGAGCCCCGACUUCAUGAUCAUCCAAACCAAACCUGACUGGAGCUGAGUAUUUGAAUCUUGUUGGAGAGAGCAUGCUAUUCUGUUAGAAUAUUCAAGUUCUAUUAGAGAACUUGGGUUUCCUGGGUAAAACAUACCUCAGAAAUAUCUUUCUUACUAAGGGUUCAUUUUUAUGGAUAGGGAUAUAGGCUCCCAUUUAUUCUGUGGCAUCCAGGGUGCAGAUGGAGAUUUAAUUGCAAGUUGCAUUGUAUUUAGUUAGAAGGCAGCUUAUGUGGCCUCUGUAGGCAUUUGGAGUUUAAUACGUAGUAGCCAUCUGGGGUUUCCUGGGUGACCAGCAUGUCAGGCCUCUAAAAUGCCUUGUUUGUAAAUACUGUACAUAGAGUAAUUUGUUUGUUUUGUCAUUGAAAUAAAUAUUUGUUUAACCAA